CUGCCCUCUGGCAGUUUAAAACUAUUGCCCCUUGUCCUAGCAGUCUCUGCCCAUAUAAAAAAGUCCCUUUCACUCCUUUUUAUGAGCCCCUUUAGGCACUGGAAGGGGCUCUAAGGUCUCCCUGGAAUUGUCCCUUCUCCAGGCUGGACAAUCCCAGUUCUCCCAGCCUGUCUCCAGAGCAGAGGGGGUCCAGCCCCGGGAUCACCUUUGUGAUCCCUUAUGGUGUCCAGGGAUCCACAGUGGAGCAGUCUGAUGUGGCCCUGGCAUUUCUGGGUUUGGUUUGAUUUUAAUCCAGCCAAUGUGAUUGGAACAUCCCAUCUGCUCUGUUCCUGUUUUUCAGAGUUUGGAGCAUGUGAGAAGCUGCCAGAGGAAUCACUCAUAUUUUAAUUUCUGCUUCAUCAGAUGCUCCUGCCCUGCCCUGUGCCUCCAGGAGUGUGAUCCCCCCCCCCCCCAGUCCUGGGGCACCCCGCAGCCGAGAUGGUGGCCUUUAACUGGAAGGCUCUGGAGAACUUCCCACUGCUGAUGUACAUUUUGGCAGCUAAAACAUUGAUCCUUUGCUUGGCCUUUGCUGGAGUCAAAAUGUACCAGAGCAAGAAAAUCGAGGAGAAACUGAAGAGGGAACAGGAGGAGAAACUGAAAGCAGAAGCAGAGAAGAAGGAUGAGUGAAGAGUCCCUCAGCCAUUCCUGCUGGAUCAGAGAGAGCUCCUGGAGGUGUCCAUGUGUCCCAGCAUCCCUGCAAGGCUGUCCCAGUCUGUCCCAAGGCUGGGAUGUGGCUGUCACAUGGAGGAGGAUGGAUGUGGCUGCUUCCUGUUGAUCCCUAGGAGCACAGAUGGGUGACUCUCCUUCUUGAUUAUCCUUUUUUUAUCACCUGGACUUCCUCCUGCUGCUUGGCUUUGCUCCCCAGUGCCUCAGCUUCUAAUGGUGUGGCCCUUUCCCAGUCCUCCAGCUCUUUUUAUCUGCUCUGACUCAUUUCUCUGGCCUAAACUCGGGCUCAUUUCCCAGCCUGGUGCUCCUCAGUGAUGUGGGGAGGCUCAGAGCCAAGCACCAACAAAUGGCAGCUCCUGACAGCGGGGUUUGAGUCAAAGAAAUGAGUCUGGGCCUUGUGUUUGUGCUCUAAACCAGCUCUGUUAUUUUGCUUUUCUCACCCAGACCAUCAUUAGUGUGUUCCCUCCUCUUCCCAUGCCUCUUCCUCUCCCACCUGGGUCCUGCAGGAAGGAAUUCCAAGGAAUAAGCUCACAGGGACAGAGGAUGAGCUUUGAGUGAUGUCUCUUGGCUUUCCAUUCCUGGCUUUCCAUUCCUGGCCACCCUUCUCCCAUUCUCAGUGGUCCCCACUUUGCCUGCUCACUCUCUAAAGCCCUCAUCCCAGAAUCCCAAAUCAUCCAGCUUGGGAGAGCCCUCCAGGACCAUCCAGUCCCACCAUAAUCACCCCUAAAUUAUGUCCCCAAGUGCUUUUGGCCCUGGGUUGCAAAAAGCUGUCAGGACUGAGGCCUGGAAAAUGGGGGAAAAUGUUCCCAUCUAAAAAUGUCUCGUGUCACCCAUUACAGACCUGCUCCAAGAGCUGGAGGAAAAAGAAAUGUUUGUGGGGUUUUUUUUCCACGAAGAUGAGGCUUAGAAAAGCAUUUAGAACUCAUUAGUCAGUGAAACAGCAUGGAAAUUCAGGUGAUUUGCAUUCCAGCUGGAGCAGAGGGAUGUCUGUGACAGUUUCUCCCCCAAGAUUUGCAUCUGACUCUGCCUCUUGUCUUUAUGCAAAGAUCCUUUAAUCAUUUUUCCCACAUUUUAGAGAAAAAUCUCCACACACACACACACACACAGAUUGCUAAGUGAGACCAGAGCUUGGCUUUGCUCUCCUGCAAUGGUCAAGUGCCCUGAGCCUCCCUCCAAGGGCUCCUGCUGGCAAAGCCAAUACAACAAUAGGGAUUUAAACGCUGCUGAGGAGCUGGGAUGUUGUUUCAAGGGCUCUUGACUAAGGUGCUGCUGUUGGGUAACAUCCUCCCAUUAACUCGAGUCAGAUGUUCAAGGAAUUGCUUGUCAUCCCAAAUUACCAGUUGAGUCACAACUGCAUGAGCCACAAUAUUUUUCUUCCCCACGAAGGGUUACAGGGUUUUGUGGCAAACAUGGGAUGUAAUUACCCCGUACAGCAGCAGAGGGGGAGUGGAGGAAACACAAGGACUCAUCUUGGAGGGGUUUCUGUAACAUCCCAAAGUUCCUUGGGUUUCAGACUCAGCUCUUUUCCCUGCCCACGGGUUUCCAUGCUCAUUAAAAGGGACUGGGGAGAAAAGUUUUGCCAGGCCUCAACCUCCCAGAGGGAAAAGGGAAGAGGUUUCACAAAGCUUUCCCAGCUCUUUCCAGGAAAAGGAGACAGUUCUGGUUUUCCCUUUGUUUGCUGGGAAACUGGCAGCAAACACUUCCUCUUUCCUAAUGCUUGUUUCCAUUAAAUCCUUCCUGGGGGCUUCCCCCUCAUCUUCCCAAAGAAUACAAACCAGGAAACACAAUUCCUGGGAUACAAACCUUUGCCUCCUUUGGAUACUUCCUUGCUGCUAAAAUGGGUGGGGAGCAGGUGAUUGGAGUUGUCCAGCCUGGAGAAGAGAAGGUUCUGGGGAGAUUUUAGAGCCUUCCCAGGGCCUAAAGGGGCUCCAGGAGAGCUGCAGAGGGACUGGGGACAAGGCAUGGAGGGACAGGGCACAGAG